AUGGUGCGGUGUUUAGAUGGAGUGCAGCAUAUGCUUUCUGCUUUAGUAAAUUGCUGUGACUCUGAUAUUAACAGGCAACCUUGGGGCCUCGGAAAUCCUGAAGCUCUAGCGAGAGAGACCGUUUUCAGUGUGAGCGAAAUAGAAGCAUUGUACGAAUUGUUUAAAAAGAUCAGCAGUGCUGUGAUAGAUGACGGGCUGAUUAACAAGGAAGAAUUCCAGCUUGCAUUGUUCAAGACGAACAAAAAGGAGAGCCUUUUUGCUGACAGGGUAUUUGAUCUGUUUGACACGAAGCACAACGGAAUACUGGACUUUCCAGAGUUUGCUCGUGCCCUCUCAGUCUUUCACCCGAAUGCCCCUAUUGACGAAAAGAUUGAUUUUUCAUUCCAAUUAUAUGAUCUCAAGCAGCAAGGAUUCAUUGAAAGACAAGAGGUAAAGCAAAUGGUGGUGGCAACAUUGGCCGAGUCUGGCAUGAACCUUUUGGAUGAUGUUAUAGAGAGUAUCAUUGAUAAGACGUUUGAGGAAGCUGACACUAAGCACGAUGGGAAGAUUGAUAAAGAAGAGUGGAGGAGUCUCGUUCUUCGCCAUCCUUCACUUUUAAAGAAUAUGACACUUCAAUAUCUCAAAGACAUUACAACCACAUUCCCGAGCUUCGUGUUUCAUUCUCAAGUCGACGAUACCAUCGGCGUUCUUGAGAGAUCGCGGCCGUGGAUUUCUUCAGAUCGUAUAAAUGAAAUAUGUAACAACAAAAAGCUGUCCCUAGUUCUAGCUCAGCACCUGUUGGUCAAAGCCAGCUGGCUUCGAUGGACACAUGAGCUUCACGAGCAAUUUGUUGAUGCUGUAGCACAACUCGGUGGGCCAGAUAGGGCUACCCCUAAAGGUGUUCUUAGAGUUAUGGGAGUUGAAGGCCUAACGAUUUACCAUGUGAAAAGCCACUUACAGAAAUACCGACUCGCAAAGUAUCUUCCAGAUUCUUCUUCUGAUGGGAAAAAAGCUGAAAAGAUAGAAUCCGGUGACAUGCUUUCCAAUUUGGACGGUUCAUCUGGGAUGCAAAUAACCGAGACGCUGAAGCUGCAGAUGGAGGUUCAAAAGCGAUUACACGAGCAAUUGGAGGUUCAAAGACAGUUACAGCUUCGGAUAGAAGCCCAAGGGAAGUAUCUAAAGAAGAUAAUCGAAGAACAGCAAAGACUCAGUGGUGUUCUUUCAGAAUCACCCGCACCUGGAGUGCGUGAUAGCAGCCCUGGACCUGACCACAAAACCGAUCCGUCAACUCCCACCAGAACAUCCGAACCGUCUUUUCCGGAUAAGCCCAUGGGAGAACGGGCCCAGCCCAAUUGCCUCUCGACUGAUGAAUCUUCCUCCAGGCACGAGCCGCUGACCCCGGAUUCUGAAUGCCGCCGUGUGGGCUCGCCAGUGGGGAGCCCAAACGAGGCCCGACCGGAGAAAAGACAAUGUACGAGGCCCGAGGUGGAGUUUUCCCAUUCAGUUCUGGAGUCGAAUUUCACGCUCGGUUUUCUUCACCGGGAAGGAGUUUGA